AACGUUUCAUAAGGCAGCAAUGGCAAGAUGUUACUUGUGCGACAGCCCAAAAGCCCGAUCGAUGAUGGGGCUGUGUACAACUCACUCUGAGCUUAAUUGCCAUUUAAAAGUGUUCAUAACAAUUGUAACAAUAAGGCUCUAAACAACUAGAACUAUGAGCCUUUGCUAAGUUGGUUACUUUGAGAUCAAGCAAAGAGAGGAAUCCCAUCAGCUUCGAUUUUCGUAUCAAUUCGUAUAUAUGUUCCCCAGACUUUAGAGCCACACGGAUUCCAAUAGCCUAAAUAACAGAGAAUUGAACCAACCAACGUCCAGGAACAGGUCGCGGUCCGAGGUCAAACCAGCCAUCCCGUGUCCCAUAGGCGCGACACAACUCUCCAAGUCCUUCGACGACUCAAUAAUUGCUAAUUGUAUACAUACAACUGUACUCUUAUCAAUAUGCCUAUUCGGAAUCCAUUUGCAAAGCGUACUGGCCUCGAGGGUCUGCCGGACGAAAAUGCGACGCCCGAAUCUCCUGGUGGCCACGGCUUGGCAGUUGACAAUGCGGAUAUAAAGGCGUCUAAAACGUCCUCCUCAUUGAGUAUAAAUAGCAAGAAGGUUGAACAGCCCCCGGAAUAUAAAAUGAGCGUCGUCAAUGAUAGCGGGGUAUACUUACCACCAUCACCACCCGAAAAGAAGGGCUUUUGGCCUCGCCGCUCCAACCCAUCGAAUGCAUCUUCCAGUGCGACUAGAAGUUUCGCAGAGAUAGAGCCAUUCUCCAUCUCCAGGGAAUCCUUUGAUUCGUACAGACGCUCAUUUGAUAUUUCUGCUAGGUCUCCCGUAAUGGAGAGUUCAUCGUCUGUGAAUGGGCGCCAAUCUCUCGAUGCGCGUCUACCCCGCUUACCGCGCUCAUCACUUCACGAAGGGCGCUUUCAAGGGGGCCCACCAACAGAAGAAGAAGAAGGCGAAGGAUUUGAAGACGUGGGUCUGAAUGACAACCCGGUCAAAGACAAACCUGCCCCGAAGAAAAAGGGUUUCUUUUCGAGGCUGGGCGACCAGGGCUCAGAUGAGCCCGCCUUAGCGACACCUUUGACUUCCAGAUUCCACUUCACAAGUAGGAAGAGAGAUCUUAGUGGGCAGGGUGCAGAUCUAGGCAACAUGGAGAGGCCAGUGACAGCUAAUUAUCAGGAAGUUACUGAAGUGCGGUAGAUACCCGUGUGAGAGUUUGCCUACGCGGGCUUUGUACUUUAUAUUGACACUUGAGGGAGUUGGUACGGUGUUUGGCAACGUUUGGGUAUUGAUUUCUGUGGAUAGAACAUACAUAUGAUGGUGACUGGAUGGAAUUACAUGUCAUGGGGGGGGAUGUGCUAGUUGCCUGUUCCGAUAGAGAUAUCCUUCGUUAGGCAUAAUAUGACACCACGAACUAUGAGAUUUAUUUUCCCUUCCAAUAAUAAAC